CAUACCUCAUUGUUCUACUCUUCCCAUUCGAAAAUACCGAAAAGGUCUUUUCCCCUCUAAAAUCACCUUUUCCAGUCACUUCCCUGCUGCGUCCCGGCUAGGCCCUGACACAACCCCCCUCUGAAAUUCUCCAUGUCGGUCUCUGUCGCCUAUCUCCCAUCCACCUGGGAUGCUUGUGAUCCGUGCGCCGCCCACCUUAGGGAUGUCGUCUCCUCGGUACCCCCUCUCACCGGCGCCUCCAACUAUCUUCCCUCGUCGAAGAAACUAAGGUGUUUCUGUCUGCUAGCAGAGCCCCCUUCCUCCCACCUCUUGGCUACCACUCUUCCCACCAAAUCCCUCCCUGUCGAGCUCUGGAGCCACCUCGAUGCCACCCUUGCUCUUGCUCUCGUGGGCUUACUUAGCCCCGAUCUCGCCUUCAUAUUCGAAUCCAUCGUCCUCGACCAUCCUUCUCGCGCCGCCCGCACCCUCUGGCUCAAGCUGGAGGCCGAUGAUGGCACUCGCUCUUCCUACGAUCUGUGGAAGUCUGUCGAGGCCCUAACCUCCCAACCCUAGGGCGCUACUCCGGUGACGGGGUUCGUGACGUCCCGCAGGCAGAAGUUCGAGG